AUGCAUCUCUUUUAUCUAGGAGUCGUCAGACCAGGCCAAAAUGGCGCUAAAACGUUGGAACUGUCCGAGGCAAAGGACCUGUCGUCGUUCUCGUUCUUCCAGCGGUCCUCCGUGGGCCAGUUCAUGACCUUCUUUGCAGAAACCAUCGCCGAAAGAACAACACCAGGACAAAGACAGUCGGUGGAAGAAGGCAACUACGUUGGCCACGUCUACACCCGUGCAGAGGGCGUGUCAGGCGUUAUAAUAUCCGAUAAAGACUAUCCUAUCCGGCCAGCAUACACGCUUCUCAACAAGAUCCUUGAUGAGUACAUCUCCAUCCAUCCACCGAACCAAUGGGCCUCCGUCACAGAGAAAACACCAGAGCUGGCCUUUGAUAAUUUAGAGGCGUACCUGGCCAAGUACCAGAACCCAGCCGAGGCCGACGCAAUCAUGAAGGUGCAACAAGAACUUGACGAGACAAAGAUCGUGCUACAGAAAAGUAUCGAGUCUGUGUUGCAAAGAGGCGAGCAAUUGGACUCGUUGGUGGACAAGUCGGAGGCAUUGACCGCCAGCUCCAGAACGUUCUACAAACAGGCCAAGAAGACCAACAGUUGCUGUAUCAUUGUCUAA